CAACAAGAGCAGUACGUAAGCACUUAAGCCAAUAAUGAAGAGAACCGUCGCUGUGUGCGUCAAUGGCGUUGCGCCUUUGCCUAAACGCCACCUGGAGAUGGCAGAUAGAUGAUGUGAUUCAAGACAGUACAGCAUUUGGGCCCCAAAGAGCCCCCGACCCAAAGCAGCAGUUGCAGCAUCAAAUGCAUGGAUUUGAAAAAGCAGCAGCAAGUCUGAGGACAACAACCUCAUCUCUCCCUCCUUUCUCAAAUCUCUCUGAGUCCGAUCUCAUGUCGCCAGCGAAGGGAGCAGUGUGCGUGACCGGCGCCGGAGGUUUCUUGGGUUCCUGGGUUGCUCAUCUCCUCCUCUCCAGAAACUAUCUAGUCCGCGGCACAGUCAGAGACCCCUUGGAUGAGAAAUAUGCCCACUUGAAGCAACUCCCAAAUGCAUCCUCGAAUCUGGAGCUCGUGAAGGCCGAUUUACUUGAUUACCCUUCUCUGGUCUCUGCGAUUCAAGGGUGUUCGGGAGUUUUCCAUGUCGCCAGCCCUGUUCCCUCUUCCUCUGUGUCAAACCCACAGGUUGACUUAAUUGAGCCAGCAGUGACUGGAACCCUGAAUGUCCUGAAAGCAUGCGUCGAAACCAAGGUUAAGCGGGUUGUGUAUGUGUCAUCUGCCGCUGCUGUUUUUAUGAACCCUUCCUGGCCCGAUUCUCAGCCCAUGGAUGAGUCUUGCUGGUCUGACGCGGAAUAUUGCAGAGCUACUGAGAACUGGUACUACCUCUCCAAGACAGAAGCUGAGAUCAAGGCAAUGGAGUAUGCGAAAGCCAACGGACUUGAUGUAGUAAGUGUCUGCCCCAAUCUCAUCAUCGGGCCACUUCUGAAGCCUACGGUGAACGCAAGCACCAUGGUUCUCACCAAGCUUUUGAAAGAAGGGAAGGACUUGGAGGAGAAUAAGCAUCAUCGGGUGGUGGAUGUGCGUGAUGUAGCUGAAGCGUUGGUUUUGGUGUAUGAGAAGCCUGAGGCGCAAGGGAGAUACAUAUGUACAGCACAUUCUAUCCAUGUUAAGGACGUGGUUGACAUUUUGAAGGAAAAGUAUCCCAACUACAAUUAUCCUAGGAACUUCACAGAUGGUGAGGAGAAGAAAGAAAUGAGCUCAGAAAAGUUGCAGAGGCAAGGUUGGAGCUACCGCUCACUGCAGGAAACUCUGGUGGACGCUGUGGAGAGUUAUAAGAAGGCUGGCGUAUUGGACUAGAGCUGAACCAUUCCAUUUACUGGGUGAAUCCAACUUUCUGAUAUGGAUGAGGGCAUCCAUUUCCAUGUUGAACCAAAAUUGAGGUGUGUUGGUUGCUGCUGUGGGAGUUAGCAGAGCUAUUGCGUUUGUUUGUGAUGUAUGUAAUAAGUAUUCAGGUUGUUUAAGCCUACUGUAAAGGCAGAGUUUUUGGUGCUGCAGCAUAGAAGGUGUUUUGUCGAGUAAUAAAACAAUGGACGCAUUUGUCUGUUGAGGGUGGAUUGCAUUACAGCAAACGGUAGUAUUGAGUGGCAUUUGUCUGAGUAUGAUAUUUAUAAACCCGUUGUAAAGAUCCACUUAAACUUGAUAAUGUAUUUUGAGAAUGUAUGUAUUUUGAGAAAGUAUGUAUUGUAUGUAAUAUAAUACUGUUUGGUGAAUCUUAAUAUUAUAGUGAGAUUUUGUAUUCAUGUUCACUAAACUUCAUCGAAUCAACGAGCAACAAGGAAGUGAGUGAUUCUUUUAUUUUAUUCAUGGUUCAAAAAGGUACACUUAACCUUAUGCCUAGGCGCUAGGCAAUGCCAAAACGCCUUGUUUAGGGGUUCUGUGCCUAAUUAGGUACUGGAAACACGUCAACAGUGCAAGGUGAGACCUUAAGUGUCUCCUAAACAUAAUUAGAUGGAGCUAGGUAGUCAAUAUCAAAGGAAAUUAACAUAAAUUGUGAAGUCAAUUUUCUAUCUCAGUAUUUUCAAUAGCUCAAGAACAUUGUGAGCUAUUGAGCUAUGAUUCUAUCAAUUUGUGAGCAAUUCUCUUAUCAUUUGGUGUUAAGUAAAUUCUCAAUCAUUUUAACUAAAGUAAGAAAGUGUUGUAAGUUAUUAUUUCAUUCAUUAUGUACUGCAAAUAAAUAUUUUCUUCCAACGUCUAAAGUCUAGACACGCUUAGACUACGUCUAAACAAGACCUUGACGCUUGUCUUACGCCUCGCGCCUUCUUGAACCUUAAUUUUAUCUCAAAUUUUCAAUGACAAAGCAAUACUAUAAUGCUUUGCUUAACCUUAUCUAAAAAAAUACCCUAUCAUUACCCCCCAAAAAACCUAUUAGGUAUGCAAUAAUCAAACUAAAUCGGUAGUCCGGUAUAAGAUGCCCGCAACACACCUUCGAGCUCGGAUGGAUCGAGAAUUGACAAUGGAGGCUUAAUGCACAAAUUUAGAGAAUUGGGCUUCCAAUGCGGGCUCACAAUUUAGCUUGGGCCAAGAGGACUUUGAGUCGCCCUGGUGUGCUGUUGUUUGGAUACGGGAUUUGGUUUUGAGGAAUUUGUCUUUAAAUCUCUCAUCCAAAAAAUAAAUUAUCCUCCAUUAAUAUAUGGUAGAGUUUUGAGUAUUUUUCUCCAUUUCAAAUUUCCUGCAACGGGAGUGAAAGUAGGAAGGUCAUUUUUGUCUUUACACGUUUAUUAUUUAUUUCAUAUAAAAAUAGCAAUAUCAAGAUUUGAACCCGGGUCUCUUCAAACAAAAAUAACAAUCACAACCAGUUACACUAAACAAAUUUAAUGCAUCCAUUUUUAUACAAAAAAUAGACAAAGUUAAUCUCUGAAAAUCAGAGGACUUUUUCAUCAUAAUUAGCAAGCUCAGUAAGUCUAUCGUAUGUAUUUUUAUCGAGCUUGAUACUUCUAUUUUCAUAGUAGAGUUUCAUGUAAUUUUCUCAAUUUUAAAUUCUCGCUCUCUCCUUAAUUUUUGAUAAAGGUAAAUGGGUAAUUGGCCAACAUGGAAGAAACUAAUUAUGUAACUACUGUUGUAUCCUUGCAUUUUUCAAUUUAAAUUUUGUGUUUUUUUAUCAUUUGUUCUUUUCUCUUUCUAACUUCCUCCGAAAUUUCAUCCAUCGUGCAAUAGUUUGCGCCUUUCACUUCCCAGUACAGGACUGUCAUUGAAAAUCAAUCUUCAAGUAUCUCUUGGCACUACGGUUUUAUUGUUGGGGAUUUUAAGCUGGGCGAAUAGAAGAUUUCAACUCCGAUAUCAAUUCAUGGCGAAUAGAAUGGAGUUCAUCAAUAACUGAAGUUGUAGAAGGAAGAUUAGAAAUUGAAUUUUUGGUUGAAUAUAUGCCUCUUGAGAUAGAAAUUUGGUUGUACAACGAAGAGUGGUGGCUAUUGGAUCUUAAGGUUUAUGGUGUUUGCAACUGUCAUAACUUAUUUCUAUCUUAAAACGAGGAAUCAUUGAUUGAUUGUUUGAAAUAGGUCGCUUCUUUAUUCAACCUACUGGAACUAAUAGAUAAGGAGUGUCUAAUUUUGCGCCUUAUUACUUUGAUCGAGUCUAUUCGUAUAUUGGAGAUAACCCUGUUUUUUUUUGUUUGCUCUCAAGUUGUGAUGGUCCCCUCUUAGCUGAGUUUUUAGUAUAUAGAUGACUUGAAUCAACAACUCUUUAUUUCUUUUUGAUUAGUGACAUAUUGUUUCUAAAAGGAGAGCAUUGAACCCUUUAUAUAGGAUUGUGAGGUUUAAGAUUUAGUUUCAAACUAUCUAUGGGUUGUGUGAGAAUUUCAGUAGCUUUUAUACUCUAUAUUUCUUGACUGUCAAAGAAAACUAACCAAUAGCAUUUUAACAGAGACUUAAUUAGCAUUAUGAAAAUGGGGUCAAUGAUACAUUUUAUAUUUUAUAUUCUUAAAUGAUUAUGAUAUUUCUCCGAAUGUUCGACCUAUAUAUUAUUUCUUUAUGUAUCAUCUUCGAUCGAAUGAUUAUCAAUAAGAUUAAACGGGUUAAUAGACUUAAAAGUAACAUAAAAAUACAAAUAAUCAAAUAUGAGCAUUCCGGCCAAAGGGCCGGGUUAUAAGCUAGUUAAUAUAUAGCACAUUUUUUGUGUACUUUUCUCUAUUUCAAAUUCUUUGAUCUCUCCUUAAUUUUAGGUAAGGGUAGAGUGGUAUUUGAGAAAAACUAAUAUAAAUCAGUUAUUUUUUGUUUUUCAUAUUAUAUGAAUCUAUCAUCCGUUAUUUUUAAUCUUUUUAUAAAAGUUUUUUCAGGCGUCUUUUAUUUACUGAAUCUUUUAAUAUUUUUAUUGCUUUUGUUUUUAUAAUUAGUCUUUUUACUUACUAUUCAUCUCUCUGUGGAGUGUGGUGAGAAAAAGGAGUUUAUUGUUUCAGAAGUCAGAACAAAAGAGUAUUGAGGUUUACAGUUAUGGGUAAAUAAAUAUUGAUUUUUUUAUUUAUUCAAUUUCUUUCUUAUCCAGUCAUUAGGGGAAGCAAUUGUGAAACCACCAACAUUGUCAAACAUACACCAAUGUGCAUUAACCCGAUCAAGCGGGCAAAUAACAUCUUUCUCCAAUGUGAACUAGAACUAAUAGUGUGCUAAAUGAUGCACUGUUUCUCCUUUACCGUUUCUUAUUAUUUUUCAUCUAUUCAUAUGUUUUUCGUUCCAAUUCAAAAUUUAAUUAUUUUUAUACAAAGAAUUCAGAUUUUAUAUCAUCUAUGCAAUGAUAUCCAUUUUAAUGUAUCUUCAAACAAAAAAAAAUUCUUUUGAAUGCCAAGUCACUAUGCCACGAUAAUUUAGAAUGAUACUUACAUGCCUACAUGGUAUCUGUUUUGCACGACCAUGGUAUAUUUUUAUGUCAUGGUCGUAUAAUUAAAUACCAUCAUGAUACAUGAUAUUUCCAUGUCCGUGGGGGAAAUAGUUUAUGUCGUAGGAAUUUUUGUUUCAAUGCUCAUUUAGGAUAUUUUUUAGUUUGGUUUAGGGUAUAUAUCAAUGAUUGUAAACCGUAUAAGAGAUUGUGACGGAUAAGUUAGUGGUAGAAUAUAUGUAGUUUCAUACUGAUAAAAUCCUAUAUUGACUUCGCUCCAAUAGAAGAUUUUUCGAUCGAGUUACUGGUAUGAUUUAAUAAACACAAGUAUAAACUCAAUUGCUUAAUGUAUGGGCUAGGAAUGGUCUUUGGUGCAUGGUAUUAGUGACCAAUAUUAAGUAUAAAGGUUAAAUGAUUACAUUUUGAGGUGUAUGGCUAAUAAUAAUGGGUUUAAAGACAAUAGUCAAUGUAUUCAACACUGGUUGCUUUAGUUUCGAUGGUUAUGUACUAUUUUAUUAUGAAAAAGUUCAGUUGUGGAACCAAUUUUAAAGGAAAAUAUUUUUUGGAUAAUCAAAUUUUAACUAUAUUUCAUCCAUUUUUUUGGAUAAUCAGGCAUAAACUUUGAUUUUAAUGUUAGGAAUUUAGGGAUAGUCUUGGUGCAUUUUCGAAUAUAAUUUAGCUUGGUGUGAAGGCUUAGACACUAUGUUCAAUGGUAUGCUUUAGAGAUAGUAUUUGACGCAUGUUAAGGAUUCGAUGUUCCGUGCAAAUGGUUAACAUUCACUAUUUUAAGGUAUAUUGUUAACUAGAUAAGGGCUCGGCCCGUUGGCUGGAUGCAUUUCAUAAAGAACAAUAAUUGUUUGAUGCAAUGACAUUUUAUUAGGUAUCUGAAAAGAGUCCAAACUAUACAAUUAUUAGAAAAUCGGAAGUUCAUAUGAAAUAAAAUUUUCACUUAGUAUAAUUUAUCUCAUCCCAACCAUGAAUUUUGUAGGAGUUUCACUCCUUCUCGAAAGUCAUCAUUCUUGAUAUAAAAUUGAAUUUUAUUUUGUUGUAUAUGGAUUCAGUUUUAUUUGAAAUCGAUGAAUCUAUUAUAAACCUCAAUUAAUAUAGAUGGUGUAUGAAUAUUUUCCAAUUUCGAACGUGUGAAUUUGAAAACAUUUUCAAAAACAUGGACAUCUUCAAGAAGUUGUGAGAAGUCAAAAGAAGAAACUUUGACGUUCUCUUAUUUUAAACAUAAACAAAACUAUGGAAUGCCACGUCUAUUAACUAAUCCACAAUUACAUUAUGAUCAUCACUAAUUUCCAAUAUAUAGGAUCAGCAACUAAGGUUGGACAAUAAUAAUAUUUUCAUGAAGAUGUGUUGGACAUCUAAUAUAGUGCACUCCACUUUAAUUUCUAGGUAACUUCGCCAAUUACUGAAUUAUUUCAUCUUUGCUAAUAGAGAAGCUAUCCCUGAAUGAAACGAUGUUUUAAUGUGUUAGUCAUCAAUAAUGAUGCACUAAUUCAUAGAGAUCCAUCAAUUAAAAUUGUUUAGGAGAUGUGCUCCCCGUCAUUGGAAUUAUCUCCAUCAUCGACACUCUCUUCACUUUACUCAUAUCGUCAUUAUCUCCAUCACCAAAUCUGCUAAAUCCUAAGAAAAAAAAUUCAAUGAUAAAAUAUUUGCAAUAUUGAAACACUGUUUUUAAGAUGUUAAAUUUACCUCGUCCAGGUUAUCAAAAUCGUCUAAGAUUACUCUUCUUCAUCGUUCCUUACCUUGAAAACUGUGUAUUCACUUAUUGUGUUCAACAUAUUAUAAUCUAUGAGUUUGAUGUUAAACUUGUAAUUCCCCUCAAGUCAUAGGAGAUUAAGUGGUGGAGGUCCUUUGGUUCUGCCACUAUCUUCGAAUAGCUUCAUAUUAGCCAGUCCAAAAUAUCUAGGGGGUCGUUUGGAUGGAUUUAUUGCAAUUUUGUAAUACAUAACAAAAUACAUUGAUGCAAUGGCAUGAAGCUCGAGUGGAUAAUAUCGCUUCUUGUUUGAAGGAGGUUAUGCACCAAAAUGUAGUCGUGUUUCUUAGUUUGACAUCUCUGCAUUGGAGAAAUAUGCAUUGACCUAAACAUUAUAUAACAUUAGCAUUUGAAUAUCAUGACUCAUUAUAUUAAAAUUGAGCGCUUGUUUACUUCAUGGAUUUGAGAAAUGAAGGUUUUGAUUAAAACCUGGGUUUUACAAAACCAUGGAUAUAUGAUGGAAUUGCCCCAUUUGGUUUUUGGUACAAACCAUCGUCUGCUUGUUGGAUUUCAUGAUGGAUUUGACAUUGUAAUAUUUGUGGUUGUUUUAGAAAUUUACCUUAGCGCCAUUAUUGAGUAUUAUUUAUUUUUAUGGUGGGAUUAGUGGUUGGGUUUGAUCCUUGACUCUCGUGGAGGUGGGUGCAUCUCCAUCACUUUUAUCAGAAAAAUAAUUAUUUUAAAAUUAUAAUAUAUUUUUGGAAACUUUAGAUUUAUAAUAAGAUUUAUAGAAGCUCACGUCCGUUGUCAUAUUAGAAAAAUUAAUUGGUAUAUUUUUUCCUUUUGGGAUUUCAGGGACAACUCAGAUCAUCAAACAAUAUUUGGAUACAUCAAAAAAUUCCAUCUUUAGAAGAAUUUGCAGUUUAGUUUUCAAGUCCUCAUUGUUCAAAUAUGAGUCGCAACAAAUUGUGUGCUGAAACUUAAUGGAAAAUUCUUUUAUUAGGAAUGCUUAUUGCUUAUUAAAUUGUGGUUAAGUCCCAUCAUCCUGAAAUCAACUCAAAGUAACCUUAAUACCCCACUCAAUGUAGAUUAAAUAUAUAAACUACCAUGUACAACAACCAACAAUUCCAUAAAAAUAAAUCCCAAACUCAAGGUAAAAAUGGUACUCAUCAAUGACAGAUCUAAGCUCUUCAAUUCUUCCAAUCCAAUCUCAAUAGUCAAUACCAUUUGAAGAGCAAACUAUGUAAUCUUGGGAUCAAGAUUACUCCAAUAAAGUGGAACACAGAAGAUUUACAUUGAGAUUUCGGAGAAUAAGAUCUCUAGGAGUUCGUUCACUGUCAUAUCAGACAAAUGAAUUGGUGAGUUUCUAGACUUUUAGAGACAACUUGAUUCUCAGCCUCAGGUCGUCAGACGAUAUUUGGAUAUAUCAAGAAAUCAUUCUUUAGAGGAGUUUGCAAUUCACAUUCAGGUAUGCAUAGCUCAAGUAUGAAUCGCAAUAAAUUGGAAUAUGAAAGUUUUGACAAAUUCUUUUAUUGGGAAUGCUUGUAGAACGAACACCAUGCUAUAUGACACUUAUAUAAGUUUUCUAUUUUAAACUACAUAAAUAAUUAAUUGAAUUUUAUUGAAAAAUUAUAUCAUCGAUGUUAAAUAAAUGAGAUAUAAUACCUUGAAAAGUAAUAAGAGACUGAUUACAUACUUAGAAUUAUUAUAGAUAUAAUAAUCUGAUUGUAAACCAACGACAAUCUAGAUUACCUAUCCUAAUACAAAUUGAACUCGGCUACUUAUAAUAAAUACAAUUUAAUAUCCAAACCUUUUAUUUUAAACAAUAUAAUAGCCAAAUUUUUUCGAAAACAAUCUAAUAUCCAAAUCGUCAACUUUUUGACUGUUUGACCGUUAGUUGACACUUCAAAAAAGUUCGAAGUACGACAUUUCAUCAAUAUCCAUCGAUAUCUUCUCUGAAAAACCACCAACAUAUCGUAGUUCCAAACCCGAGAAGUCCAUGACUCCACCAUGAUGGUAUAGAAUAUCUAAAUAUUCAGUCAUCUGAAAUGCCAAAACAAGAAACAAAGUUGUAUUGUGCCAAUUUCCUCUAAACAAAACUUUUUUGAAGUGUCAACUAACGGUCAAACGAACGGAAAGUUGACGAUUUGGAUAUUAGAUUGUUUUCGAAAAGGUUUGGCCAUUAUAUUGUUUAAAAUGAAAGGUUUGGAUAUUAGAUUGUAUUUACCCUAAUAAUUAAUACAUAAUAACAACAUGAACAAUUAAAGGAUGAAAAAACUGAUAGACUUUUCGUGGAAGCCCAAAUGAAAUAAGCCCGCUGCAAAACAUAAGAGAAAACCCUAACCUAAAAGACUAAUCAACCCUUCCGUACUAUGCGCAUUGAACAGGAAAAUUUGAUUUGGGUGGGUGCUGAAAUAGAAUCUCCAUAUUUUAUUUGGAGGAUGGUAUCGUGUUGAGAUUCUAUAGCGUGCCAAUUAGGGGAAUGCUAAGCAUUUGUUUCUAGCUUUCAAUUUCUAGCUAUGCCUCUAAGCAUUUGUUUUCUUUUACACAUUAUCAUUUGCAGUUAUUUAUUAAAUCAAUUUAUUUCUAGCUUUCAAUUCCUAAUUAUUCACUACUUCCUACCAAUUUAUGGGAAUGCUAAAUAUAUUGUUCAUGUCUAAUCUAUUGACCAUAAAUGUUGCUUAUCACUUAAAUCUAACGGUAUUCAUGUUAGGUUUGAUGUCACCAACAUAUUCUCCCAAUUUAUCCAAAAAACAUCAUAUCUUGCGAUUGAUAUCAUAGUUUUGUUAAGUAAAGUUCAACAAACUCAAUCAACAUUCAAACUCUUUGAAGUAGCUAUCUACAUGCGAAUAUGAAGUACUGAGUAGCUAAAACUCUACUUGAGUUAGUACAAUCUUUUGCGCUUUCAAUUCAAAAUUCAAUACAUGAUUAUCUUAUUACGAUUUAGUCAUACUAAUUGUGCAGUAGGGAGACUUCUUAUCAAAAUCGUAUAGAAAGACUCUUUGAUUGAUCGCUUUCAUGAUGUAAUCAAUUUGACCAAAAUAGAAGUGAUCAAAUUUAUAAGAUGCACUCAAAAUUUGCUAUAAUUAUUGAGGUUCAGUAGCACGUUAGGCGUAACGCGGUCAUUGGGCAUUUGUCUAUCUCCUAACUCGCCUAGACAUGCUUAGACAAUAUAAUAAAAAUAAGGGUUAAUACCUUAUUUUGGCCCGAACUAUGACCAUAUAAUCAACUUUGGCCCGUGGUUUCAGAAAUUAACAUCCUGGCCUCAACUAUGCAGCAUAUAGACUCAAUUGGCCCGACACAUAGUUUGACCGUCAGUUUGGACGGUCAACUCUGUUGACCGUUAGUCAACACGCCAUGUCAUUACCUAGUCAGCCUAAAAAUCAUUAAAAAAAUUAUUUAUUAUCAAAUUGACCAAAAAUAAAUUAUAAAAAACAUAAAAUAAAUUUUUUUUGGAUAAUUUGAAAAUGAUAAAUUUUAUAAAUUAACCAAAAAUUAUCAAAUUAUUUUAUAUUUUUAAAACUUCCCAAAAAAAUAUAAUUUAUAUAAUAAUUUUUUUAAUUUUUAAAAUUUAAUUUGAUAAUUUUGGUUAAUUUAUAAAAUUUAUCAUUUUCAAAUAUCGCAAAAAAAUUAUUAAUUUUAUUUUUUGGUUAAUAGGAAAAUGAUAAAUAAUAGAAAUUAGGAAAAUAAUUUGAAUUUGAAUUUUUUAAUAAUUUUUAUGCUGAUUAGGCAAUGACAUAGCAUGUUGACUAACGAUCAACGGAGUUGACCGUUCAAAUUGACGGUCAAACUAUGUGUCGGGCCAAUUGAGUUUAUAUGCUGCAUAGUUGAGGCUAGGAUGUUAAUUUUUGAAACAACGGGCCAAAGUUGAUUAUAUGGUCAUAGUUCGGGCCAAAAUAAGGUAUUAACCCUUAAAAAUAUCAUACUUGUAUAAUUUGUAUAAAUUUUUAUUAAAUAAUAAAAUAAAAUUCAUAUU